UAAUUCAUGUUUUUCAUUUGGAAGAACAAGGUUAGAAGGUUCUUCGCUUGGCAGAUAAAAUCUAUUGCUAAAAAUCAAGUCCUAAAAUACAUARCUUGCUUAAUAUUUGGUUUAAAAGUCUGAAAGAUCGAAUGAGAGAUUACUGGUAGAAGAAUGGCUAACCCUACGACGAACGCUACUGAACCAGCACCAAAUUGGCAAUUGUAUGGCACUGUCGAGACAUUCACAGUUGUUUUUCUUUCGUUUUUAGCGUUAGGAACGACUACUGCCAAUGGAUUCACCCUCUACACUAUCUACAAGGAUCCUCUAAAGUGCUUUCGUACUCCUUUGACGAUUUUUAUAGCUGGGAUUCUGGUUUCUGACUUUCUGACUGGACUAAUUGUCGAGCCUGUCCUCGCUAUCCUGUAUUCCAUCAACUAUAUCCAUAUUCAUCUCCUUCGAACAAUUCAAGUCGUCGCGAUGAUAACUAUAAACACUUCAUUUUUUAUUAUCCUCGCUUUGGCAAUUGCUCAAUUCAUGGCGCUUAAAUACCCGAUAGUUUACGAGCGAUGGUUUACGAAUCGCAGUUCUAUUCUCAUCAUUGCUUGUGUUUGGGCAUAUUCCUGUACGUUUUCGUUACUUCCCGAAAUCUUCAGUAUGUCUAUGUGGGCGUUCUACACAGUCGAUCUAAUUCUAAACACGACCUUGGUGACAAUCGCCUUAGUUGUGAUCUAUGUCUUUACUUACAUCGUCUUUAAACGAAAAAACAGAGAGCUAGGAGAAAAUAAUGAACAGCCAAAUCAACGACCAGCCAGCCAGCGAGCUAAAGAACAAAUUGAGAACGAUUUCCUUAAAGGAACAUUUCUCUUGACUGUUGUAUUAAUCGUUACAGUCUGGCCGUUCAUGAUCGCGUUAUAUAUCUGGAUUUUCAACCCUUACCUCACUAUGGCAAAAUUAGUCGAAGAGUACACCGCUUUGAUCAUUUGUGAGAAUUUAUUAUAUCUAAAGUUCCUCUGGGAUCCGCUCAUUUUUAUCAUGCGAGUUUCGAAAUACCGUAAAGCAGUGGUGAUGGAGUUUACGGGUAUCGUACAACGGUGUGGCUGUGGGUGUAUUCCAGGGGGAGCAGGAGUCGUUGUUUAUAAUCGAUAUGUUAAUGAAGAAACGACAAGGGCAGAUGCGGAUGGACAAGAGGAAACAGUCGUUGAGGAAGCACAGGAGUCCCAUACAAGCGUUAAGAGCUGAACGUUGAUGUUAAGCGAAGAUUUCAACUGAUGAUUGGCCAAAAAACUAGUAGUGAACUGACAAAUAACCUAAGUUUAGUAGUCAACAGUUGAUUGAUAUUUCAUUAUUUUGGUUGAUAUUAUGGUUAGCGAAAAUUCGUAGUUAACUGAGAGUUAGGUACCCCCAUUGGUACCCUCAAGUUUGCAURGAUGAAGAAUGACUAGAGGCGAAGAGACUUGGGAAGGAAGGAAGAAAGGAAGAAAGAAAAUGGAAAACAACUGAACUUCGGUGUUGAUAAAACUUGGAGAAGAAGGGAUGGAAACACUGGAAAAUAAAACAGACAUUGAGAAGGAACCAAAGAAACGAAAAUACAAAAAUUGGAUUGGGAAUCAAAAAAACUAAAUAUCUGCAUUAAAAGUGAAGMAAAGAAAGAAAUAGCGGACACAAGCUAGGGAAGGGAAUCCAAACGAACGAUGGUGGAAAAAUUGAAAAGGCAUUGACAAGGAAAACACGAAUUGAAAAAGACGUGAUGGCGACAGAUCAUUUCCAUAUUAACUGUUCAUCGAAUAUCGAUGGUAAAUAGACCCUUUCACGGUUUCCGACGCCAUAUUGCUUGGAGGGCAAGUUUACUAAGAAGCGACGGGGAAAGAGAUACGUUUUUCGUUAUAUUUCGUUAUAUUUCUGAGGUAAAUUUUCGAGACCAAACUUUGUCUGUAGACGGAGAAUCCUUUGUUAAAUGGUUUGUGACGUUUUUGAGCCGAUCGAGUCAUCCUUGUCGAGGCAAGAUUUUUUUACGGUCAAAUUGAAUCAGUAUGAUGAAGUCUUGAUGUGGUCGUAAACCCCAAAGCCUCCGUCUCUCUGAGAACCAGUGUUAUGCUGGCUCCAUCGGCUCAAAAACACCACACAAAACGUUGAAUAGAGGAUUCUCUGUCUACAGAAAAAGUUUGGUCUCGAAAAUUUACCUCCGAAUGGAAAUACAACGAAAAACGUAUCUCUUUCCCCGUCGCUUCUUAGUAAACUUGCCUCCCAAGCAAUAUGGGGUCGGAAACCGUGAAAGGGUCUAUUAGCUAAAAGUCUUUAAAAUAAAGACACGACUAUCAUUCAUUUCACGAGAGGGAAAUAAAUCAUUUUAUAAUUCUGU